AUGCAGUCCGGAAUCUCAGCCUCGCAGGAGCUCCACGAUGCCUUCAAUGGCUUCGUCUCCUCCAACAGCCAGCGGGCCUUGCUCGCAGGCAUCGAGAAUGAGAAGCUUAUCCCCAUAGGCAUGAUUCCACUGCAAUCGCAGGACUUCACCGAGGACCUGUCGCAAGUCGCUGCGGAAGCGAAGCUUGACAAGGCACUUUAUGUCCUGCUCAAGGUCGAACCCUCCGCCGCGGAUGGCUUCGUUGCGAUCACAUACGUUCCCAAUGCUGCUCCCGUGCGCCAGAAAAUGCUCUUCGCCUCCACUCGUCUUACGCUGGUCCGUGAGCUGGGCAUUGAAAGGUUCAGACAGACCUUGUUUGCGACAGAAGCAAGCGAGCUCACAGCAGAGGGCUGGAAGAAGCAUGAACAACAUGAGGCACUGAAGGCACCAUUGACGGAAGAAGAGGCGGGGCUGGCAGGAGUGAAGGAUGCAGAAGCACAGGAGUCCCAGGGCACAUCUGCUCGUCGGGGUCAUGCUCCCAACAAGAUCAAUGUGCCCACUGGCGAAGGCGUGCUGGAGGCUCUGCAAUCGCUGAAUGAGGAGGGCUGUAGGGGGACACUUGUGCAGCUGAAAUAUCAGCUGCCCGACGAGACUUUGAUGCUCGACUCGUCGAAUGACAACGUCGAACCCUCGCAGGUCGCAGGGCUCCUCAGCGCAAAUGAGCCUAGGUAUAGCUUCUAUUCGCAUCCUUCGACCCAAGCUGCGGACGGCAAGCCAACGAUAUUGUUCGUGUACACUUGCCCGACCGCGUCGAAAAUCAAGGAGAGGAUGGUCUACAGUACUGGCAAAAGCUGGACUAGGACUGUUGCUGAGCGAGAUGCUGGCAUCACAGUGACAAAGUCUCUGGAGGCUACUGAGCCUAGCGAGCUGACAGCGGAUUUGUUCGGGGAAGUCGAGAGCGCUGGCCAAGGAGGCAGUGGAGCAGAAACCCCAAAGACUGGCGGCUUUGCAAGGCCGAAGAGGCCUGGGCGGCGUUGA